GCUUCUCUGUCUCUUUGUAAAUCUGGUUUUAUUUCACUCGUCUCACCCCUAGUAUCAACAUAUAUACUACCUAUCUACCACUCUCCUCUACUCUUGUACUUCAAAAGAGAUACCAUACUCUUGAAGCUCCUACAUCUUGAAAUUCAUCACAUUGCGUCGUGUAUUACAUGUCCUCAUCCCACUAUAACUCUUCAUAUUGCCGACCUUUCCGUUUUACCCCUCAACUGAACUCUUUGCUACUCUGUACUAAGCAGAAGCAACCUGCGACGUGCCGUCAUUGCCAACAGAGUAACCAACCAAGUACCAACACAAGCCAUUCUUCAACCCACCACAAAAAGAUAGCUAUAGUUAGCCAGCUACACAAAACCGGCUGCUCCCGUCCAUAUUCGGCCUAUCGCAUUAAGCUUUCUUGUCUCGAUUUGUUUACAUACAAAAGAGCUAUCCCUCUACCCCUCCUUCAUCAUGAGUCUCGCUCAGCAUUCAGAAAGUGCGUCGCCCGUUCCCAUUAUUGAGACAGACGACCAAGGAAACCCCAUCAAGUCAAGUAACGGAUACUUCCCUUCCAAAGGAAAAUCUUCAACCCUCGUUGACAACAUGGCUCACCUCUCUGUUGUUGGUGGUGCUCACCGCGGAGACGACUCUGACGCUGCAUCCGUCCGUUCUACCAGCUCUCGGGCCUCACGGAGGCCUGAGAUGAAGCUGGCGAGCUACCAGGAUGAGUACACCACCAGCGUCUACGGAUCUCGCUUUGCGGGCAUGGAUCUUCCCAGGCAUCAUAUGCCAGAGAACGAAAUGCCCCGCGACAUUGCCUAUCGCAUGAUCAAGGACGAUCUGAGUCUUGACAACAACCCCAUGCUCAACUUGGCUUCUUUCGUUACAACUUACAUGGAAGAUGAAGCCGAGAAGCUCAUGGCAGAGUCAUUCUCCAAGAACUUUAUCGAUUAUGAAGAGUACCCUCAAUCCGCCGACAUCCAGAACCGAUGCGUUAACAUGAUCGGCGAUCUUUUCCACGCUCCUCCCGGUUCGUCAGUCGGUACAUCAACCGUCGGUUCCUCAGAAGCCAUCAUGCUCGGUGUUCUGGCCAUGAAGAGGCGCUGGAAGAACCGCAGAAUCGCCGAGGGUAAGAGUACAGAACAUCCCAAUAUCGUCAUGUCCUCGGCCGUUCAGGUCUGUUGGGAAAAGGCCACUCGCUACUUUGAGAUUGACGAGAAGCUCGUCUACUGUACGCCUGAUCGUUUUGUCAUGGAUCCAGAACAGGCCGUUGACCUGUGUGACGAGAACACCAUUGGUAUGUGUGCUAUUCUUGGAACGACUUAUACUGGUGAGUACGAGGAUAUCAAGGCCAUCAACGAUCUCCUCGUUGAGCGCAACCUUGAUGUCCCAAUUCACGUCGAUGCUGCCAGUGGAGGCUUUGUGGCUCCUUUUGUAGUUCCUGACCUAGAGUGGGAUUUCAGAUGUGAAAAGGUCGUCUCUAUCAACGUCUCGGGUCACAAGUACGGUCUUGUCUAUCCUGGUGUUGGUUGGGUCAUCUGGCGAUCUCCCGAGUUCCUCCCCCAAGAACUCGUCUUCAACAUCAACUACCUCGGUGCCGAUCAAUCAUCUUUCACCCUCAACUUCUCCAAGGGUGCAUCACAAGUCAUUGGCCAAUACUACCAGCUCAUCCGCCUCGGCAAGCACGGUUACCGCGCUAUCAUGAGCAACCUCACCCGUACCGCCGACUACCUGACAGAAACCCUAGAGAACAUGGGCUUCGUCAUCAUGUCAGAACGUUCGGGCGCUGGUCUUCCCCUGGUUGCUUUCCGUUUCAAGACCGUUGACGAAGGUGGUGAUCCUGAACGUCACUACGAUGAGUUCGCUCUCGCUCACCACCUGCGUUCUCGAGGUUGGGUUGUCCCUGCUUACACCAUGGCUCCCAACUCUGGCGUGAAGAUGCUGAGAGUUGUUGUCCGAGAGGACUUUACAAAGAGUCGAUGCGACCAGCUCAUCUGCGAUGUCAAGCUGUGCCACGGUCUUCUUAAGGAGACAGACCAGGAGUCAAUUAAGAAGCGUGAAGAGUACAUCAAGAACCACAUUGUUACUAUGGGACGUGGAAAGCAUUCCCACCCCGUAUACAAGGAUGAGCAACAUUCUCUCCAGGGCAAGCAUGGCAAGACACAUGCUAUUUGCUAGUUAUAUAGAAAGGAUGGGUUAUUUGUGAAGGCUUGGCGUUGAGCGAUGUGAUGAGGCGUACUGAAUAUGAAUGAAGCAUGUAUUGUUUUUGAAUGAGACUAUAUCAGAG